AUGUCUAACUGCAGGUGCGGCAACCAGAUUGGUGCGAAGUUCUGGGAGGUGAUUGCGGACGAGCACGGCAUUGAUCCCACAGGCAAACAUGCCAUUGCCAAGCCUGGAGGCACCUACCACGGCGAUUCGGACUUGCAGUUGGAGCGGAUCCUUGCCACACAGAUCAACGUCUACUUCAACGAGGCAACUGGUGGCCGCUAUGUGCCCCGUGCCGUGCUGAUGGACCUGGAGCCGGGGACCAUGGACAGCGUCCGUGCAGGUCCCUUUGGCCAGCUCUUCCGGCCGGAUAACUUUGUCUUCGGACAGACCGGUGCUGGCAACAACUGGGCGAAGGGCCACUACACGGAAGGGGCCGAGCUCAUCGACUCGGUGCUCGACGUGGUGCGAAAGGAGGCCGAGGGCUGCGACUGCCUGCAGGGCUUCCAGCUGUGCCAUUCCCUUGGUGGCGGCACGGGCGCGGGCAUGGGCACCUUGCUGAUCUCCAAGGUGCGCGAGGAGUAUCCCGACAGAAUCAUGGAGACGUUCUCUGUGAUUCCCUCGCCCAAAGUGUCCGACACCGUUGUGGAGCCUUACAAUGCCGUGCUCAGCUUCCAUCAGCUCGUGGAGAACUCUGAUGAGUCCUUCCUGCUCGACAACGAGGCAGGAAUCAUGGAGACGUUCUCUGUGAUUCCCUCGCCCAAAGUGUCCGACACCGUUGUGGAGCCUUACAAUGCCGUGCUCAGCUUCCAUCAGCUCGUGGAGAACUCUGAUGAGUCCUUCCUGCUCGACAACGAGGCCUUGUACGACAUUUGCUUCCGCACGCUGAAGCUGACAACGCCAACUUACGGCGACCUCAACCACUUGGUCUCAGCGGCCAUGUCCGGGGUGACUUGUUGUUUGCGCUUCCCCGGACAGCUGAACUGCGACCUGCGCAAGAUUGCCGUGAACUUGGUGCCGUUCCCGCGGCUGCACUUCUUCAUGACCGGCUUCGCGCCGCUGACCUCCCGCGGGUCGCAGCAGUACCGUGCUCUGACGGUGCCUGAGCUGACUCAGCAGAUGUUUGAUGCCAAGAACAUGAUGUGCGCGGCAGAUCCCCGUCACGGGCGCUACUUGACGGCCGCAGCGCUGUUCCGAGGCCGCAUGUCCACAAAGGAAGUAGAUGAGCAGAUGCUCAACGUGCAGAACAAGAACUCGUCCUACUUUGUGGAGUGGAUCCCGAACAACAUCAAGGCAUCGGUCUGCGACAUCCCGCCGAAGGGCUUGAAGAUGGCGGUCUCCUUUGCCGGGAAUUCCACCGCCAUCCAGGAGAUGUUCAAGAGGGUUGCGGAGUACUUCACCGCUAUGUUCCGCCGCAAGGCAUUCCUGCACUGGUACACCGGCGAGGGCAUGGAUGAGAUGGAAUUCACAGAGGCCGAGUCCAACAUGAACGACCUGGUCUCUGAGUACCAGCAGUACCAGGAUGCCACAGCGGAGGAGGAAGGUGAAUUCGAUGAAGAGGAGGGCGAAUACGAUGGCUAG